CUUUGUUCACAGUUCGACGUUUUCAUCUCACCGCCGACGACGCCGACCUCGCAUGGCAUUGCGACGCCUCUGCCGCGCUUGCGCACUUGCGCGCAGCGCGAUCGCGAUCCAGACCUCGCCUAUGACCUCUUCCUCGCCGCCCUCCAAGCUUCUCCACUCGUCACCGCUCCCUCUCUCGCCAAAUCCCGGCGGACUAGGGCUGGCGCCUGUUCGAUUGUGUAUGCGUGUUGGGGGCUUCUCGAGCCAAGCAUGGGUGGAUGUCCCCACUGGCCGUAUGGUGGAGGUGCCGCUGGCUCAGACUGGGGAGGGCAUCGCUGAGUGUGAGCUUCUCAAGUGGUUUGUUCAGGAGGGGGAGGAGGUUGAAGAAUUUCAACGUCUUUGUGAAGUACAGAGUGACAAAGCUACUAUUGAGAUUACAAGCCGGUUUAAAGGAAAGAUCAUUCAGAUUGUCUUUACUCCUGGUGAUAUAGUGAAGGUUGGUGAAACCUUAUUAAAGAUCCUUGUUGAAGAAGAUCAGGCCUCACUUGCUUCAGAAUGCCUUGAUGGUGGAACAACAUUAAAUUCUGAAACCUCUGUGCCUGAGGAAAAGGGUUCACUAUUCCAUGAAGCAUCAGUUGAUAGAGUUCUAUCUACACCUGCAGUAAGGAAUCUGGCAAAGCAACAUGGUGUUGAUAUCAAUGUCAUUUCUGGUACCGGCAAAGAUGGAAGAGUUUUGAAAGAAGAUGUUCUAAAGUACGCCACCAACCAAGGAAUUGGAAUAACAACUCUUUCACAUGGCAAUGCCGAAGAGGAAGUGCUGUUGACAGGACACAAAUUGCCUGUUGAUGCUUUACAUAUUAAGGAUUAUGAAGAUAAGAUAAUGCCCCUCAGGGGAUUCAACCGUGCAAUGGUUAAAUCAAUGACCUUGGCAGCAAAAGUCCCACAUUUCUAUUAUCUGGAAGAGCUAAAUUGUGAUGCUCUUGUUGAACUGAAAGCGGCUUUCCAAAAUGACAAUAGUGAUCCUAAUGUGAAACAUACAUUUCUUCCAUUUUUAAUAAAGUCGCUUUCAAUGGCACUAAGUAAAUAUCCAAUACUAAAUAGCUCUUUCAUCGAGGAAUCAAAUGAAGUUGUCCUCAAAGGAUCUCAUAAUAUCGGUGUUGCCAUGGCUACUGACUAUGGUUUAGUUGUACCAAACAUAAAAAGGACCCAAUCACUUUCAGUCAUGGAGAUAACAAAAGAAUUAUCCAGAUUGCAUCAAAUGGCAUCCAACAACAAACUGACUUCAGAGGAUAUUAGUGAUGGAACAAUAACCCUGAGCAACAUUGGCUCAAUCGGUGGCAAGUUUGGUUCUCCGCUUCUCAACUUACCUGAAGUUGCCAUUAUUGCAAUUGGCCGCAUUCAAAAGCUUCCUCGUUUUGCUGUUGAUGAAACUGUAUAUCCCGCGUCCAUAACAAAUGUUACGAUCGGUGCCGAUCAUCGGAUUGUAGACGGAGCUACUGUUGCCAAAUUUUGUAAUGAGUGGAAACGAUUGGUCGAAAACCCGGAGCUAUUGUUAUUGCAUCUGAAAUGAUCUCACCCUCACAAGAAAUAAAUUGGGACUCAAUAAAACCUUUCUGUAUCACUAUGUAUCAUGCAUGCUCUUGGUUCAAAAUAAAAAGGGUUUAAAUGUUUUAAUUUA